GUGUGAAGAGGACCGCGUGCCGUAUUAGACGCAAGGAUGAGUGCGUUCCGCCACUCUGACGAUAGCGGCAAAGACGAGAUGGACUUCGAGUACACUGACCCUCCCACGCUCUCCCUCGACGCACUGGAUCUCGCUGAUGAGCCGGUGAUGCGCCUCAGGGCGGCACCCAAGGCACCCAAGCAGAGGCGCGACUCGCGCACUGCCGACAAACAACACGUCACGGUCAGCGGGGAGGCAGAGGAGAGGAUGGCAUGGCAUGCAGGUGUGCGGGCAUCCGUGUGUGUGUGGUUGCUGUGUGCAGGAGGGUCUGCUGCGUAGCUGGAGUCGGUAUUUCAAGGGCGGGGAGGACGACACCACCACGGCUGAGGGCACGGUUGACGGGACGGCGGCAGACGCAGACGUCGUCAUGCAGGAUGCAGCAGCCGCUGAUAAGAAGGAAACACAGCAAGGGCAAGGUGAGAUAGAUGGCGAGGGAGGGAGAAUGCUCGUCGACCUGUGUGCCCUGACUGACCUGUUAUGUCCCGCUGGCUGCAGCAGCGCCCUCCCGUAGCUCGUUUCUAUCACGGAUCAGCCAAGCCAUCCUCCGCACACAUGCCCCUACCCCCUCCCCUGACCCUGCCCCUCGCCCAGCAGCAGCAGCAGCCGCUGAGCGCCCCUCUCCCGCCCAGCAGCAGCCCGCCCCCAUGACGGCCAUCGAGUGCUACAGACCCCCGCCUCCCCCAUCCCUACCCCCUCCCGGCCUGCCGACGCGCUCACAGCAGCCGUGGCGCCCAUUCGAGCAGGGCUAUGGCGGCGGCGGGUUGGUGCGGCGUCGGGCGGCUGGGGAUGGUUAUGGUGGGUAUCGUGUGGGUGAGAGGGGCGAGGAGGAGGUGGAGGUGGAGGAGGAGAGUGAGGGCGACGGUCGGGAUGGGUUCUGGGGUAGCGUGAGGGAGUGUGCUGUGACGGUCUGCCUCGUCCUGGUGAGUUGUGGGUGGGGGAGGGUGGGGGAGGGAGGGAGAAAGGCCGUCUGUCGAUUCUUGUUGUGUGUAUGUGUUGUGCGUCUGUUGUGUGUGUGUGUGUAUGUGUGUGUGUGUGUCAGGUUCUAGUUGGUUUGGUGUACAACUUCGUCUACCUGCCUCACUCGGACGCCUCCUAUGAAGCUGACGUGAGUGAGCCACCACCUACUCGGCCAACCAACGCCCCGCAGCAUCACUUGCCUCUGUCUGUUAUCCGUUAGAGCAUCACUCGCGCCGAAAUGGAGGAGCGGCUGGCCUGCCGAGACAAAUAUGAGAGCAACAAGUGAGACAGACAGUGACCUGCACACACACACACACACACUCUCUCUCCCAUAUGGCGUGUCCGUCUGCUCAGGUGCGAGUUGUGUUUUUCCCAAGAGGGCUGCAAGUUCCCCGCACUCUUUGAGCCGUGCCGGUCGGUCAACAACACAGACACGCACACACACACACACACACACAAUUGUGCUGGUUGGCUGCAGCGAGUACAAGGCGUGCAUGGAGACGGGCCACGAACCACUGGCGAAGCGCUCACAGAUACUCGCCAAGAACGUCGCCCUCGGCAUCGACGCCUUCGUGCGCCACCUGUCGUGGUAAGUUAACUCCCACAGAAACAGACAGGGAGGGAACCCCACACAAACAGACAACCUCAGGAAGCUCUCUCUCUGUUGAUGCCUUGGCUGCCCUGCCCUUCACACAUACACAGGAAGUCAGUAGUGGUGAUCGGCAUGCUGCUGUCGGUGCUGGUGCUCUUCUCCCGGUGCGACCUCCUCCCCCGCCCAUGCAGGUGCAACAGACGCUCGGCAAGACAGUCGCGCAAACAGCCCCCCACCAGACGCACUCCAUCGCCCCGCCAGCCGGCCCGGCACCAGGUGCAGCAGCCAUAUCUCCCCACCUCUCCCCUGCUGCCGCCACACCCACACGUUCAUCCACACGCUCAUGCUCACCCACCAAUGGCGGCGCUGCCCUCACCGCCGUAUUAUGCCGGCCCUCCUGCUGCCGCCGCUGCUGGUGGUGGUGGUGCGUAUGGGUAUGGCCCACAGCAUUAUGUGGGCGGGGGCGGUUAUGGGUGGCCGGUGGGCGCGCCGCCGUCUUAUGAUGCGGAGGAGCGACACAGGUACGGCUACGGCCACUAUGGCUAUGGAAGCGGCGUCUAUGGGCCGCCACCGAUGCAGUAUUAGUGGAUGGAUGGAUGGAUGGAUGGCUGGUGGGGGGCAGUCCAUAGUGUGUGUGAGUGUCUGUCUGUGUGUGUGUCUGUCUGUCUGUGUGAUGGUGUGGGAGACCUUUAUACGGUAUCUAUUUGUCUGUGUAUGUCGAGAGCAUUGGCCCCACGAGUUCGUGUGUGUCUCGUCAGUCGAGGGCGGCGCAUGAUGGCGGCAAGCGACAAGCCGUUUGCCGCCAUCGUAGCACGCUCACAGCUGACGCCCCUCACACGAGCUGAGGGGAGCAUUGCAGGCAGACCGACAGGCCGUGUGUUCCUCCUUUAUCUGGCCGUGAAUAGUGUGUGUGUGUAUGUUCGGAGGAAGGAAGACUUGAUGGUUCGGUGCGGUGCGAUCCUGGUGCUCGCCUGCGGCUGACUUCUUGCCACCUUCUCCUCAUUGGCGUGGCAGUGUCUGCACAUACACUAGACGCUGCCGUACCGAGGAGGCGGAGAGGGACAGAAGGCAGUGGACGCAGGAAAGCUCAGGCGGG